AUGGCCCAAGCAGGUGCAAUCACAGACGUGACGCAAAGGUUGUUCGUGGAGCUUAAGUCGAAGAAUGAGGAGGCCAGGGCUCGAGCUGCCUACGAGCUCUACGAUAACGUUGUCUCUGUCUCCAGAGAUUGGCCCGCCGAAAAGUUCGUGGAAUUUUACAACGCCGUUAGCCAACGUAUCGCCCAACUCGUGGUUAAUGGCAGCGAUGCAAACGAAAGAAUCGGUGGCCUGUUAGCACUAGAUCGGCUAAUUGAUUUUGACGGUGUUGAUGCCGCCCAGAAAACGACGAGAUUUGCCAGUUACUUGCGCAGCGCUCUACGCAGCAAUGAUAACGUGGUCUUGGUGUAUGCGGCCCGAUCGCUGGGCCGCCUGGCGAAGCCCGGGGGCGCUCUCACCGCAGAACUUGUGGAAAGUGAAAUACAAUCUGCAUUAGAAUGGUUACAAUCGGAGCGCCAGGAGAGCCGUCGGUUUGCAGCAGUGCUUGUGAUCCGGGAACUUGCCAAGGGAUCACCAACACUCCUUUACGGUUUCGUUCCGCAGGUCUUUGAGCUUGUUUGGGUUGCCCUUCGGGACCCGAAGGUCCUCAUACGAGAAACUGCUGCGGAAGCUGUAGGUGAAUGCUUCGAGAUCAUCGUGGCUCGUGACUCUCAAGUCCGCCAGUCAUGGUUUGCACGUAUUCAUGAUGAGGCACUUCUCGGCUUGAAGUCUCACAACAUUGAUUGGAUCCAUGGAUCGAUUCUGAUCAUAAAGGAGUUAAUCCUCAAGGGCACAAUGUUUAUGAAAGAGCAUUAUCGGAACGCUUGUGAGAUUAUUCUCCGUCUCAAGGACCAUCGCGACCCGAAGAUUCGUACCGAAGUCGUCCUCACCAUCCCUAUUCUUGCCUCAUAUGCCCCUACGGAUUUCAUUGAGAUCUAUCUACAUCGAUUCAUGAUAUACCUUCAAGCGCAACUCAAGAGAGACAAAGAAAGGAAUUCUGCCUUCAUUGCCAUUGGAAAGAUUGCGAAUGCAGUAGGCCCCGCCAUCGGCCAAUAUCUUGAUGGUAUCAUAAUCUACAUUCGAGAGGGACUCGCAAUGAAAGCGAGGAACCGACCCGGGAUCAAUGAGGCACCAAUGUUUGAGUGCAUCAGUAUGCUGUCACUCGCAGUGGGACAGGCCCUCAGCAAGUACAUGGAGGCCCUGCUGGAUCCCAUUUUUGCCUGCGGCUUGAGUAAAUCAUUGACCCAAGCUCUGGUUGAUAUGGCGCAUUACAUUCCGCCCAUAAAACCUAUGAUCCAGGAAAAGCUGCUUGAUAUGUUGAGUAUCAUCCUUUGUGGGACACCUUUCCGGCCCCUCGGGUGUCCUGAGAACCGACUACCUCCCAUGCCAUCAUUUGCGAAAGAUUUUGCACCUCAUGAACUUCACUCUGAUUCCGAUAUUGCGUUAGCACUCCACACGCUAGGCAGCUUUGACUUUUCUGGGCAUAUCCUGAAUGAGUUCGUCCGUGAUGUUGCUAUCAACUACGUGGAAAAUGAUAAUCCUGAAAUUCGAAAAGCGUCAGCCCUGACAUGCUGUCAGUUGUUCGUUCACGAUCCGAUCAUCAAUCAGACUAGCGGACAUUCCAUUCAAGUUGUCAGCGAGGUUAUUGACAAGCUUUUGACUGUGGGUAUCGGAGAUCCUGAUCCUGAAAUCCGACGCACGGUUCUGUGGUCAUUGGACCGCAAAUUCGAUCGUCACUUAGCCCGGCCAGAGAAUAUCCGAUGCUUGUUCUUGGCAGUAAAUGAUGAGGUUUUCGAUGUGAAAGAAGCCGCGAUCUGUAUCAUCGGUCGACUUUCCAGCGUGAACCCUGCUUACGUCUUCCCACCACUACGAAAAUUGCUGGUUAAUCUCCUUACAGGCCUGGGAUUCGCGAAUACCGCUCGUCAGAAGGAGGAAACAGCUCAACUCAUCAGUUUGUUCGUCUCCAACGCGACGAAAUUAAUCAGAUCAUACGUGGAUCCUAUGGUGACAGCAUUGUUGCCCAAAUCAACAGAUAUCAACCCUGGUGUGGCUGCCACAACUCUGAAGGCCGUCGGUGAAGUUGCCAAUGUAGGCGGCCAUGAAAUGCGACAAUAUCUGCCGCAGAUUAUGCCAAUUAUUUUGGACUCACUCCAAGACCUUUCGUCGCAUGCCAAACGUGAAGCUGCUCUUCGGACAUUAGGGCAGUUGGCCAGUAAUUCAGGCUACGUGAUUGAGCCUUACAUGGAAUACCCUCAUCUUCUUGCGGUGCUCAUCAAUAUCAUCAAAACGGAACAGACAGGCUCUCUGCGAAAGGAGACCAUCAAGCUUCUUGGAGUCCUCGGAGCCCUUGAUCCUUAUAAAUACCAACAGAUCAGCGAGAUUGAACCCGAUGUACACCAUAUCAACGAAAUCCAGAAUGUCUCUGAUGUCGCCCUCAUCAUGCAGGGUCUCACCCCAUCCAAUGAGGAAUACUAUCCUACAGUGGUCAUCCAUACUCUGAUGCAGAACAUUUUGCGAGAAAACUCCCUGGCGCAAUAUCACUCGGCUGUCAUUGAUGCCAUCGUAACAAUCUUCAAGACUCUGGGCUUGAAGUGUGUACCAUUCCUUGGACAAAUCAUUCCAGGAUUCAUCUUGGUUAUCAGAAGCUCUCCUGCUAGCCGGCUUGAAUCCUAUUUCAAUCAGAUGGCAAUCCUGGUGAACAUCGUGCGACAGCAUAUUCGCACUUUCCUUCCAGAGAUUAUCGAAGUCAUCAGAGAAUUCUGGGAUAGUUCACCACAAAUUCAGGGUACGAUCCUAUCGCUGGUUGAGGCAAUUGCUCGGUCUUUGGAAGGAGAGUUUAGGAAGUAUCUUGCUGGUCUGAUUCCGUUGAUGCUCGAUGCACUGGAUAAAGAUACCUCGCCUCGGCGUCAAUCUUCCGAGAAGAUUCUCCAUGCUCUCAUGAUUUUUGGCACAAGUGGGGAGGAAUACAUGCAUCUUAUCAUCCCUUCCAUUGUGCGUCUAUUCGAUCGACCGCAAAAUCCUCAAAGCAUCCGCAAGUCUGCUAUCGAUAGCCUAACAAAGCUGUCCCGACAAGUCAAUGUUUCUGACUUUGCAUCUUUAAUGGUCCAUUCGCUAUCCCGGGUUGUGGCUAGCGGUGAUCGUGUAUUGCGCCAGGCUGCAUUGGAUUGCAUUUGUGCACUCAUUUUCCAACUCGGGCAGGACUUCACACAUUACAUCCAUCUUCUGAACAAGGUCCUAAAAACACACCAGAUUACGCAUGUCAACUAUCAAAUUCUGGUGACGAAGCUUCAAAAGGGCGACCCACUCCCGCAGGACCUCAACCCAGAAGAGGCCUAUACUUACCCCACCGAUGACACCAACUUUUCUGAAAUUGGCCAGAAAAAGAUCGUAGUGAACCAACAACAUCUCAAGAACGCUUGGGAUGCAUCGCAAAAGUCCACUCGUGAAGACUGGCAGGAAUGGAUACGCCGCUUCAGCAUUGAGCUAUUGAAGGAGUCCCCAUCCCCGGCAUUACGGGCAUGUGCCAGCUUGGCUGGAAUCUAUCAGCCACUCUCGAGAGAUCUUUUCAAUGCUGCCUUCGUCUCAUGCUGGACUGAAUUAUAUGACCAGUACCAAGAAGAGCUGGUCCGUUCAAUUGAGAAGGCUCUCACCUCUCCUAAUAUUUCCCCGGAGAUCCUACAAGUUCUUCUCAAUCUUGCUGAAUUCAUGGAACACGACGACAAGGCUCUUCCCAUCGAUAUUCGUACCCUUGGAAAGUAUGCUGCAAAAUGCCAUGCUUUCGCUAAAGCUCUUCACUACAAAGAACUUGAGUUCGAGCAAGAUCAGAACUCAGGUGCGGUCGAAGCCUUGAUUACGAUCAACAAUCAGCUUCAACAAUCGGAUGCUGCCAUCGGUAUCCUUCGUAAAGCGCAGGCCUAUCGUGAUGUGGAGCUUAAAGAAACAUGGUUCGAGAAGCUCCAACGGUGGGAUGAAGCCCUUGCUGCUUACAAACGACGUGAAAAAACGGACCCAGAUUCCUUCGGUAUCACGAUGGGUAAGAUGCGCUGUCUUCACGCUCUUGGCGAGUGGAAGGUUCUCUCAGACCUGGCCCAGGAAAAGUGGAAUCAAGCAUCACUAGAGCAUCGCCGCGCUAUCGCACCUCUUGCCGCCGCCGCUGCUUGGGGCCGGGGUCAGUGGGAGUUGAUGGACUCUUAUCUCGGCGUCAUGAAGGAGCAAUCCCCCGACCGCUCGUUCUUCGGUGCCAUUUUGGCAAUCCAUCGCAACCAAUUUGAGGAGGCCAACAUGUACAUCGAAAAGGCACGCAACGGGCUUGAUACCGAGCUGUCUGCGCUCCUCGGAGAGUCAUACAACCGUGCCUACAAUGUUGUUGUACGUGUCCAGAUGCUCGCCGAGCUGGAAGAGAUCAUUACAUACAAGCAAAACAUCGGAGACCCCGAGAAGCAAGAUGCCAUGCGUAAAACUUGGAACCAAAGACUACUUGGAUGUCAGCAAAAUGUGGAGGUGUGGCAACGUAUGCUCAAGGUCAGAGCUCUUGUUACUGCUCCACGUGAAAAUCUUGAUAUGUCGAUCAAAUUCGCCAACCUUUGCCGCAAAUCCAACCGCAUGGGUCUUGCAGAGCGGUCGCUUGCGUCGCUUGAGACAGUGGUGUCUGAUGCUAAUGGCAUGCGUACUAUCGUGCCCCCGGAAGUCACAUACGCUAGGCUAAAAUUCAGUUGGGCGAAUGGGCAUCAACAAGGAUCCCUUGAAAUGAUGAAGGUCUUCACCUCUGGUCUGACCGAUGAUUUCUCCAGAUACAACACUCUCAUGAUAUCAAAUGCUGACCACCACGGCGUUAAUGGAGUCAACGGGAUCAUCGAUCAAAACCAUCCAGAUGCAAUCAGAUUGAAUGAACGAAUCGGUGAUGUAAACAAAUUCAGAAAACUUCUGUCGAAGAGUUAUCUUAGGCAAGGAGAGUGGCAGACAACCCUACAGGGAGGUGACUGGAGGGCGGAACACGUUCGCGAGGUACUCGACGCGUACUCAGCGGCAACUCAGUACAACCGUGAUUCAUACAAGGCAUGGCACUCCUGGGCACUUGCAAAUUUCGAAGUCGUCACAACAAUUUCCAACCAGGCUAAUCGGGAGGGAACGCCUGCGCCUGUUCCCGCUCAUAUCGUCACAGAGCAUGUGAUCCCUGCCAUUCGUGGAUUCAUUCGAUCCAUCGCUUUGUCCUUGACAUCUUCAUUACAAGACACCCUUCGACUACUAACAUUAUGGUUCAAUCAUGGAGGGGAUCAUGAGGUGAAUACCGUGGUCACGGAGGGUUUCACAGCCGUCAAUAUUGACACUUGGCUUGCUGUUACUCCUCAACUGAUUGCUCGAAUCAAUCAACCGAAUAUCAGGGUCCGGGGCGCUGUCCAUAGGUUGCUUGCAGAGGUCGGUAAGGCACAUCCUCAAGCUCUUGUCUAUCCAUUGACGGUAGCGAUGAAAUCGAACGUGACUCGACGCUCUCAAUCUGCCAGCAACAUCAUGGAAAGUAUGCGGCAACAUAGUGCAAAGCUUGUUGAGCAAGCAGAUCUUGUCAGUCACGAGCUUAUUCGAGUCGCGGUCUUGUGGCAUGAGCUCUGGCACGAGGGUCUGGAAGAAGCCUCUCGUCUCUAUUUCGGCGAUCACAAUGUGGAAGGCAUGUUCUCGACACUUGCUCCUUUCCAUGACAUGCUCGACAAAGGAGCCGAGACCCUUCGUGAGGUGUCCUUCGCUCAGGCUUUCGGACGUGAUCUGGCCGAGGCCAAGCACUACUGCAUGAUGUAUCGUGAAUCAGAGGAAAUCGGCGAUUUGAACCAAGCUUGGGACUUGUAUUAUACAGUGUUCCGUAAGAUCAGCCGGCAGUUACCACAACUAUCGACCCUCGACCUCAAGUAUGUGUCUCCUCGACUCAAGGAUUGCUCAGAUCUUGGCCUUGCUGUUCCGGGAACAUACCAGAGUGGAAAGCCGGUCAUUCGAAUUAUGAGCUUUGACCCGAUUUUGCAUGUCUUGCAGACUAAGAAACGGCCGCGUCGUAUGACACUUAAGGGCAGCAACGGAAGUUCUUACAUGUAUCUUGUCAAAGGUCACGAAGAUAUCCGACAAGAUGAGCGCGUCAUGCAACUUUUCGGUCUAUGCAAUACCUUGCUAGACAAUGAUGGCGAGAGCUUCAAGCGACACUUGUCAGUUCAGCGCUUCCCUGCUAUUCCAUUGUCCCAGAGCUCUGGCCUGCUCGGAUGGGUGUCUAACAGUGAUACUUUGCACGCCCUGAUCAAGGAGUACCGCGAGAGCCGCCGUAUUCUACUCAACAUCGAGCAUCGCAUCAUGCUUCAAAUGGCUCCCGACUAUGAUAGCCUCACUCUCAUGCAGAAAGUCGAAGUCUUUGGUUACGCCAUGGACAACACGACCGGCAAAGAUUUGUACCGGGUGCUAUGGCUCAAGAGCAAGAGCUCUGAGGCAUGGCUCGAGCGCCGUACCAAUUACACUCGAUCUCUCGGUGUUAUGUCGAUGGUUGGCUACAUCCUUGGCCUGGGAGACCGACAUCCGUCGAAUUUGUUGCUGGAUCGUGGAAAUGGCCGUGUGGUCCAUAUCGAUUUCGGUGAUUGUUUCGAGAUCGCAAUGCACCGAGAAAAAUACCCGGAGCGAGUACCAUUCCGACUCACUCGCAUGCUGACCUUUGCAAUGGAAGUCAGCAAUAUUGAGGGUAGUUACCGCAUCACUUGCGAGGCUGUCAUGCGUGUUCUACGAGAGCACAAGGAUUCCUUGAUGGCGGUCCUCGAAGCUUUCAUCCAUGACCCCCUUAUCAACUGGCGCCUGGGCACACAAGAGUCCCCUGACCGAGUAUCUAUGCCCGCGGAUCGUCGUCAAUCCAUCAUGGACGGUAACUUCGAACCCGGCACCCAGCCCGAUUUCGCCCGGCGCCGCCGCCCGUCCAUUCUUGAAGGUGGCAUUCUCGAUGCUCCGGAAGGCGUUCCACAAGAAGCCCGCGAGGCACAGAAUGCUCGUGCUCUACAAGUUCUCGCCCGUGUCAAGGAGAAGCUCACUGGACGAGACUUCAGAAAUAACGAAGAGCUGGGUGUCAGCGACCAGGUGGACAAGCUUAUUGCGCAGGCAACCAAUGUCGAGAAUAUCUGUCAGCACUGGAUUGGAUGGUGUAGUUUCUGGUGA